AUGCAGGUCUACACUGAGCUCGCGGCUCCCACGGCCGUCACCCAAUGCCUGAGCCUGCCGCUGACCUCUGCAACCGCCAACAAUGUCGUCGUCGCAAAGGGCUCGCUGCUCCAGAUCUUCACCGUCAAGACCGUCUCUGCCGACCUCGAUCCCGAAUUCCAGCCCGGCCAGCCGUCAGAGUCCGAGACGCGCUUUGACCGUCAGGUUAACGACGACGAUGGCCUCGAGUCCUCCUUUCUCGGCGGCGAGACCAUGCUUGUGCGAACCGAGCGGACAAACAACACCAAGCUCGUGCUGAUCACGGAGAUCCCGCUCGCGGGAACGGUCAUCGGGCUGGCGAGGCUGAGAACCAGCAGGACUGCGUCAGGAGGCGAGGUUCUGCUGAUUGCGUACAAGGCAGCCAAGCUGUGUAUGGCCGAAUGGGACCCGAGGAAGAACGAGCUCGAGACCAUCUCCAUUCACUACUACGAAAAGGAAGAGCUCCAGGGUGCGCCGUGGGAGGAGGUGUUUGGGGAGUAUGUGAACCACCUCGAGGCCGACCCCGGCAGUAGAUGCGCCGCCUUGAAGUUCGGCACCCGAAACCUCGCCAUCCUGCCCUUCAGGCGCUCCGAAGAAGACCUGGAGAUGGAGGACUGGGACGAGGACCUGGACGGGCCUCGGCCGGUCAAGGAGCAGGCGGCAGCGGUCAACGGAGAUAGCGACAAUGUAGAAGCAGCAUAUACCCCGUCAUUUGUCUUGCGUCUGCCCCUCCUAGACCCGAGCCUGCUUCACCCCGUGCACCUCACCUUUCUGCAUGAGUAUCGCGAGCCCACGUUUGGUGUCUUGUCAUCCAGCCAGGCGCCCGCUGCCUCUCUGGGCGCCAGGGAUCACCUAUCGUACAAGGUCUUCACUCUGGACCUGCAGCAGAGAGCGUCAACGACCAUCCUAUCGGUGACUGGCCUGCCACAUGAUCUUUACAGGGUCAUUGCCCUGCCCGCUCCCGUCGGCGGCGCCUUGCUAGUCGGACAGAACGAGUUGAUCCAUGUUGACCAAUCUGGAAAGUCAAAUGGCGUGGCCGUCAAUCCCAUGGCCAAGCUGGCCACAUCCUUUAGCCUGACGGAUCAAUCCGACCUGAAACUGCGCCUUGAGAACUGUGCCAUUGAGGUACUUGCCAUCGAAAAUGGCGAGCUGCUCUUGAUCCUGAAUGACGGCCGGCUGGGCAUAAUAUCCUUCAAGAUUGAUGGACGAACGGUAUCGGGCCUCAGCGUCAGGCUCGUGGGCGCAGACUGCGGUGGCAAUGUACUCAAGAGCAGAGCUACAUGUGUCUCCAGGCUGGGUAAGAACACAUUGUUCGUCGGGAGCGAAACCAGCGAUUCCGUCGUGUUAGGAUGGUCGAGAAGGCAAACUCAGGAGAAGCGCAAGAAGUCCCGGCUCAUAGACCCGGAUCUGGCUCUGGAAGUGGAUGAGCUCGACCUCGAAGAUGACGAGGAAGACGACGACCUUUACGGAGAUGAUUCUGUCGCAACCAAGCCUCAACAAUUGCCGAACGGGGGUCCGGCCAAGUCUGGAGAUUUGACCUUUCGGAUACACGACGUACUACUCAGCAUUGCGCCGAUACAAGACGUUACGUGCGGACAAGCCGCCUUUCCGCCUGACAGCGAGGAGGCUACUCUGAACAGGGGCGUCAGAGCUGAUCUGCAGCUUGCUUGUGCAGUCGGACGGGGAGAGGCCGGCUCUCUCGCGAUCAUCAACCGGGAGAUUCAGCCCCGAGUCAUUGGUCGGUUCGAGUUUCCAGAGGCCAGAGGAUUCUGGACAAUGUGCGUCAAGAAGCCAGUUCCCAAGUCUCUCGGCGCGAACGCCGGGGUGGCCGGCGACUAUGAUACACCGAUUCAGCAUGACAAGUUCAUGAUUGUCGCCAAGGUUGAUCUAGAUGGCUACGAAACCUCUGACGUGUAUGCCCUCACGGCAGCAGGAUUUGAGACGUUGAAAGAGACAGAGUUUGAGCCGGCCGCUGGCUUUACCGUGGAAGCUGGCACAAUGGGAAAGCAGAUGGUGGUUAUCCAAGUGCUCAAGUCGGAAGUGCGGUGUUACAACGGAGAUCUUAACUUGAUCCAGAUUCUACCCAUGCUGGAUGAGGAGACGGGGGCUGAGCCCCGGGCUGUGAGUGCAAGCAUCGUUGACCCGUAUCUGUUCAUCGUCCGCGACGACGGUAGCGUUUUUCUCGCACAGAUCGACAGCAAUAACGAGAUUGAAGAGAUGGAGAAAACGGACAGCAGUCUUACGUCAACUAAAUGGGUUGCGGGAUGCUUGUACAAGGACACCAAGGGCAUCUUCCAGUCAAGCUACAGCGACUCAACUAAGCAGACAAGCGAGGCAGUCAUGAUGUUCUUGCUCAACUCAACAGGAGCCUUGCAUAUAUUCGCGCUUCCGGACCUCUCAAAGGCUGUCUAUGUCGCCGAGGGACUCUCAUCCAUUCCUCCCCAUCUCUCAGCUGGCUAUGCGGCCAGAAGAGGUGCUACCCGCGAAACGCUGACUGAGAUUGUCGUGGCAGACCUUGGAGAUGCCGUUCACGCGUCGCCAUACCUGAUAUUGCGACACUCCACCAAUGACCUUACCAUUUAUGAGCCCAUCCGCCUGCCAGCCAACGAAACCGCUCACACGCUCUCCGACACACUGUUCUUCAAGAAGUCGCCGAAUGCUGUGCUGGCCAAGAGCGCUGUGGAGGAUCCGUCGGACGACACCGCGCAGCCGCCGCGUUAUGUCCCUCUGAGGAUCUGCGCGAACGUGGGCGGCUACAGCUCUGUAUUCCUUCCUGGCCCUUCACCAGCUUUCGUCAUCAAGAGCAGCAGAAGCGUCCCGAGGGUGGUUGGCCUGCAAGGCCAUGGCGUUCGGGGCAUGAGCACGUUCCACACCGAAGGGUGCGACAGGGGGUUCAUCUACGCGGACUCUGAAGGCAUAGCCAGAGUCACACAGCUGCCGAGCAAGACUAACUUCACAGAGCUGGGCAUCUCGGUCAAGAAGGUUCCACUGGGCUUCGAUGUCCGCCACGUUGCUUACCACCACCCCACUGAGACAUAUAUCGCGGGCUGUGCGGUCACUGAGAACUUUGAGCUGCCAAAGGACGACGACUACCACAAAGAAUGGGCCCGCGAGUCUGUUCCUCUCCCGCCUACGGCGGUCAGGGGCGCUUUGAAGCUCAUCAACCCCAUCACAUGGACGGUGAUUCACUCGAUCGACAUGGAAGCCGGCGAGUCCAUCGAGUGCAUGAAAACGCUGCAUCUCGAAGUGUCGGAGGAGACAAAGGAGCGGAGAAUGCUCCUGGCAGUGGGCACCGCCUUGUCCAGAGGCGAAGACCUCCCCACGCGAGGCCGCGUGCAAGUAUACGACAUCGUGACCGUCAUCCCCGAGCCGGGCAAGCCGGAGACGAACAAGCGGCUCAAGCUGCUGGCCAAGGAGGACAUCCCCCGGGGCGGCGUGACGGCCCUGUCCGAGAUUGGCACUCAGGGGCUGAUGCUGGUGGCGCAAGGCCAGAAGUGCAUGGUGCGAGGCCUGAAGGAAGACGGCUCGCUGCUGCCCGUGGCCUUCCUCGACAUGAGCUGCCACGUAUCGUCUGUGCGGGAACUGCCAGGCACGGGCCUGUGUCUGAUUGCGGACGCUUUCAAGGGCUUGUGGUUCGCCGGGUACACGGAGGAGCCGUACACGUUCAAGGUGCUCGGAAAGAGCAGCGGAUCGCUGCCGCUGCUGGUCGCCGACUUUCUGCCAGACGGCGAGGACUUGUCAAUGGUGGCUGUGGACGCGGACGGCGAUAUGCAUGUUCUCGAAUUCAAUCCCGAGCACCCCAAAUCUCUCCAAGGCCACCUCCUCCUCCACAGGACAACCUUCAGCGUGACCCCCAACCCCCCAACCUCAACCCUCCUCCUCCCGCGCACCCUUCCCGCAUCCCAAUCAUCCCAAGACUCCUCCUCCUCCUCCUCCACACAGCCACAUAUCCUCCUCCUCGCAUCCCCCUCAGGCUCAAUAGCCGCCCUCACGCCCCUCCCCGAAUCCGCCUACCGCCGCCUCCUCUCCGUCACGAACCAGCUCCUCCCGGCCCUCGUGCCCCACGGCGGCCUCCACGCGAGGGCGCACCGCACGCCCGAGGGCGGAGGCGGCAUGUCCCGCACCGUGGGCGUCGAAACGGCCGCCACGGGAAGGGCAAUUGUCGACGGUACCGUCCUGACGCGGUGGAACGAGCUCGGCGCCGCAAAGAGGGCUGAGGUUGCGACGAGGGGCGGGUAUGAUGGCGUGACGGAGAUGAGGGAGGAUCUGGAAGCGGUGCUGGGAUGGGGCGGGCUUUCGUAUUUCUAA